UGGCAGCAUGCUAGUCGGUAUCACAAGUUUCUAGCGUAGCUGACUGCGUGGUUCAUCCCCGAGGGACCUUGCGGUGUGUAUUUCCCAUGAUAACAGCUCUGUUCAGAAGCUAAAUGGUCUUACAUGUGGGCUUCAUGGGAACCUUUGGAGCAGCAUGUAAGCACGUGCCUUGUGAGAAGUGAGGACUUGGGUCAGACCCUUAGCUGAUAAAAACCCUUAGUAACAUCGAGCUGAUGAUUCUGUCAUAAUUCAUCUUGGUUCUUGACCUGCAAAGAGUUGAGGGGACGCGAGAAGGCUGAUGCGGAGGAAUGGUCUACCUCCACCCAGCUCACCCUGUGCUUUACCCUGCUCUCUCCUGUGGUAUGUCUACGCAGUCUUUUGUAAAUAGAAGGGAACAAACUCUGAACCAGCAGAAUGUGAGCCGGCUGCAGUCCAAGAGCCAUGUGACUGCUUCCACAUAGCGUUGACGCAGUCCCAGAGCCUUUGGGUUGGAGCGCAGAUAGAGCUUGUCACUGGCACCUAUAAGAGCAGUAUAGGCCUGACGCUUGGUGCAGAGGCAUUCAGAUCCUUGCCCUACUUUUGCCUAAUAUCUGGCUGUCAGAUUCUCCGUUUACUUUGAUGCUUUCAGCUGGUAAAACAAUUAGAAAUCUAUGGUAGUCGAUUUUUUCUGUCUCAUUAAAUCAAGCUCAGCAUUUGACUGACAGUACUUUUUUAUCUUUGCUAAGUAUUUCCAUAGCUUGUUACCCAGUGAGUGAAAAAUAAAGGAAAGUGUAGUGGAGUUUGAAGGGGAUUUUAAAUUGUCUGUAGGAAGUUCAAAUGGAGCAGUAUUUUAAAAUAAAGUUGAAGAUGAGGAGGGAGAGAACAAAGCAUUGAGAAAAACAAUGUUCCUAAUAGACCGGGGGAAAACACUUAAUUGAACAAAUUGUAGUUAAUACAUUACCUUACAUACAGUUUAUACAUAUAGUAGUUAAUACAUUGCUGAAAAUAAACAAAUUGCACUGAUCAUUCACUGCAAGAUGAAAUUGGUGUUUGGGAAAGUAAGGGGGACAGGUAGGGAAAAUUUCAGCUAUAUGCAGCUUCUGGGAAAACUGAGAAGCGUGAUUUUAUUUUUUUAAGUGCAUCUGCAGAUGUAACUAAAAAUAAAAUAAAAAAAAAACAAAUUGAGAACAUGCCCUGCAAGUCCUGUUGGCAAAAUGCCAUUGUUAGAGGCAGGCUUCGGUCGUGAGGCUUCCUGUCCUCCACAAAGCAGCAAAGGACGUUUUCAAACAGUGUGGUUUCGGGUACCAGAUUUAACUUCCUCAAUGUGCUACCUCAACCUGUGAAGUUCAAGUAACUUCACAACCCCUUCAAAAAUGUUUCUCCAGAAGAAAAUCUGAAUUUGUAAGGAAGCCUGACUGAAUAUAUACAAAGUGGUCAGGUAUUCUUCCACGCUGUGGAACCUGCAGGUUUGAGCUGUGUGUCCAACUUCCCUGUUAGCUAUGUGAGAUAGAAGAUGAACUCAGCUGAAAUCACUGAUGAUGAUGAAGUAAAAAUUCCUAAAAAAGAUAUUGUGAAAGUAGAAACAGAAAAUGAAGAUGAAGCUCUAGACUGCUCGGUAACAUCCAGAUCUUCUGAGAAACACUCACUGGAUGGCGCAGUUACUUGCCUACAGGAAUCCAACAAACGGAAACAGACCUCACUUGGUUGUGAUGGUUCAGGGAGCCAGCAAGAUGUCUUACCCAGUGUGAAGAAAAGACGCUUUACACAAGAGGGCCCCCAUUCAAACAUGAAGAACAGAGACACUGGCUCACCCACUCAGGUAAAUACAGAGCAGCCAAACAAGAACAAGAAUCCUAAUAUAACAUGGCUCUGUGAAGAAGAACCUUUCAGUGACAUAACCACUCCAUCUUAUAAAAAACCUCUCUAUGGCAUCUCACACAAGAUUACAGAGAAGAAGAACCCACCAGGAGCAGAGCAGUUUACUUCUUACGAUUUGUUUGAAAAAAUCAAUCCUAGCAGUCCCUCGCAUCUUCGGACUUUGAAUGAUCAGCGCAAAAGGGACUCUGCUGCAACCAUUGCUGUAACAGCUGCCACUGCAGAUUCUGAUCCAAAUAUAUAUUCUUUGAUACAGAAAAUGUUUUACACGCUUAACACCCUCAAUUCCAAUAUGACUCAGCUUCACAGCAAAGUUGACCUGUUGUCUCUGGAGGUUAGCAGAAUUAAGAAGCAAGUCAGUCCAACAGAGUCUGUUGCGGAGUUCAAGCCUCCUCCUGAGUACCAGCUGACUUCUGCAGAGCUCAAACAAAUCAUGGAUCAAAGCACGUCAGGUGGAGACUUAGCCUGCCGGUUACUGGUGCAGCUCUUCCCAGAGCUCUUCAACGAUGAUGAGUUCAACAGAAACUGCAGCGCGUGCGGCUUUCUCAACAAAAGGAAACUUGAGUCUCUUCAUCUGCAGCUUAUCCGUAACUAUGUGGAAGUUUGUUACCCUUCUGUGAAGAACACAGCUGUGUGGCAGGUAGAGUGUUUGCCUCAAGUCAAUGAUUUUUUCAAUAGAUUUUGGGCCCAAAGGGAAAUGGAAAAUAGUCAACAGAAUGUGCAGUCAUCCAGUUUUUAUGACACUGAACAGGUAGAAUCCUCUCAUUUUAUUGAGGAUAAAGAACAGGAAGAAGCUUUGUCCUUGGACAGGAGUAGUGCCAUUGCCUCAGAUUAUGUUUUGGAUGCUCAGGAUCUCAAUGAAUUUUUAGAUGAAGCUUCUUCUCCUGGGGAAUUUUCUGUUUUUCUGUUACACAGAUUGUUUCCAGAGCUCUUCGACCACAGAAAAUUAGCCGAAAGGUACAGCUGCUAUGGGGACUCUGGUAAGCAACUUCUGGAUCCUCAUCGGCUUCAGAUAAUCCGUAGGUACACUGAAAUUUACUUUCCAGAUGUGCAAGAAGAAGAAGCCUGGUUGCAGCAAUGUGUCCAGCGAAUAAACGAUGAGCUUGAAAAUAUGUAUAUGGAUGGAAGUGAAUGUGAUCAGAUGAGAGAUGACUGUUACGAUUCCUCUAGCUUACCAGAUGAUGUAUCAAUCAUAAAAGUGGAAGACAGUUUUGAAUACGAAAAACCUGGUAGACGCUCAAAAAAAAUCUGGCUUGUACCCAUAGACUUUGACAAACUUGACUUUCCCCCUCCAGAUUUUGACGUUCCUGUCCCAGAUUACCUGUUGAACAAAGAACAGAUUAAAAACAUAUAUGAAAGCAGUCUUUCCAUAGGCAACUUUGCCUCUCGAUUGCUUGUUCUCCUGUUCCCUGAACUGUUUACUCAUGAAAACUUACGGAAGCAAUACAACUGUAGUGGAUCUUUAGGCAAGAAACAGCUUGAUCCCACUAGAAUUAAAUUAAUUCGACAUUACGUGCAGAUACUGUACCCAAGAGCGAAGAACGACAGAGUGUGGACGUUGGAAUUUGUUGGGAAACUUGACGAGAGGUGUCGGCGAAGAGACACUGAACAAAGACGCACGUACCAACAGCAACGGAAAGUCCAUGUGCCAGGGCCUGAGCGGAGAGAAUUUCUUAGCUAUGCAAUAAACCCAGAAAGAUUCAGAGAGGAGUUUGAAGGGCCACCACUGCCCCCCGAAAGAAGCAGCAAGGAUUUUUGCAAGAUACCACUUGAUGAACUCGUCGUUCCUAAUCCAGACUUCCAUGUGCCUUCUCUGUAUUUGCUGUCUGAUAAGGAGGUAAGAGAGAUAGUACAGCAGAGCCUUUCAGUUGGGAACUUCGCUGCCAGGCUCCUAGUAAGACUCUUUCCAGAACUCUUUACUCCAGAGAAUCUCAGACUGCAAUAUAACCAUUCAGGUGCUUGUAACAAAAAACAGCUUGAUCCCAUCAGACUGAGACUGAUCCGUCAUUAUGUGGAAGCAGUUUACCCCGUAGAGAAAAUGGAGGAAGUGUGGCAUUAUGAAUGUAUACCGAGCAUUGAUGAAAGAUGCCGGCGUCCUAACAGAAAAAAGUGUGAUAUACUGAAAAAAGCAAAGAAAGCAAAAAAGUGACAGGCUCUUUAAAUUCCUAAGACUUUGACCACUAAAUUAUUUGUCAGGAUUAUGCUUUGUUUUAGACUGAGGGGCCUGUCAGGAGCUGAGGGUGCUCAGCAUCUAGGACAGUUAGGCACUAAGAUUGUUGCUUUUUAAUGUGUGUGUUGCAUAUACAUGGGCACUGCAGCAGUGGGAAGUGGCUUACUACAUUUGUACAUGGGUAGAGCUCAUAAGUCAUCGGUGAUAGAGCUAUCUUAAUGACUCAUUAAGAACAUGAAUUUCACUGGUGCAGAUACAUGUAUUAAAACUGUAUUAUUCCACUCCCCAUUUCUGCAUCUUCCUUUUUUAUCACUUUCUGAUAAUAAAGUUUUUUUUUAAAUAAAUUGUUGUGCUCUUCAGGGGCAGUUUUUCAUUAUACCCUUAUAAACAGUGGUGUUAGUUAAUUGAGAGUUUGAAAGUUAAACUUCAUUUAAAUUUACAAGUUUCACAGUUUUUGAAAGUGCCAUGCUCGUUGAAAAUCAUUGCGAUAUCAGACUUUGCUUCUACAGGAAUUGCAGCUGUACGUUUGUUUUGUUCUUGAUGAUACCGAGAUACUGAAAAUAAUAAUACUGUGUCAAAAAUGGGUCAAAAUGGUGUAAUUUCCAUUUCUAACUGUUAGCCGUGUUUUAUUUCUACAAAUAAGACGUGAACAGUAAGAACUGAGACUUGAGGAUAGACACAAUAUAAGUGUUUUUCUACAUUGACACCACCAGCUUAAUCCUGCCCCUGCGAUUUUUAUUUUGUUGUGUUCAGCAUCACUGCUGGCGUGAUUAAGGAUGGCUUGUCUGAGUAAAGCUAGCAGAGCACACCCAAGCCUCUAGCCGUGGAGCGUAGUGCCAUUGCCUGCUGGCCGCUCUGUUUGUAAAAUGACAGAGACAGCAAAAAACCCGAAAGACUUGAAACAAGAACUUAGAAAAAUUUUAGACCUUACUCUCUAUCAAAAUCAUGAUUCCAAAGGUUUCCAGUAUUAAUAUUUAGUUGAAUACGUAAGAAGUAUAUGCAAAGGUUGUUUUUGUGAUGGAAUGAAGUGUUGCAGGGUCCCCACUUAAGAGUUGUGGUAAUGUUACUCAUUCUUUGCGUAAAUGCAGCACUGUCUGGCUUUUUCGAGUGCAGGGAUAUGUGAACUCCUUCCCUUAUCCAAAUUGGUUUAGUGUAAUUGAUAGGUAUUUGGAGGCAUAAUUGCAUAACUAAGGUUCACGUGAUCAAGUUUGCAUCAUUAAUAUGUUUGCGCAUAACUAAGACCACCAGGAACCCAA